GCGGGGCCGAGCCCAGCCGGACCGGAGCCUCCUUCUCGCCUUUCCCCGGCGCACGCGCGGUCGCACGCGCCGUGCGCUCCUAGCCCCGGCAUGCCGCUCGGCGGCGCGCUCCCGCUGGGCACGUGCCCGGACCUGUGCCCCGAGGCGGAGCGCGCGGCGCGCGAGCGGCAGCGGCGCCUGCACCGGCUGGAGGCGGCCCCCGCGCGCGCCGUCAAGGAGUACGCUCGGCCGGCGGCGGGCAAGGCGCGCCCGCCCCCGAGCCAGUUGCGGCCGCCGCGCGUGCUGCUCGCCACCGUGCGCUACCUGGCCGCCGAGGUGGCGGGCCGCGCCGACGUGCCCCCGCCGGACGUGGCCGCCUUUGUGUGGGACCGGCUGCGCGCCGUGCGUCUCGACCUGGUGCUGCAGCCCGCCGCGCCCCCGCGAGACGCGGCCGCCGUGCUCGAGGCCGCGCUCGCCUGCCAGCUCUGCGUGGCCGGCCCGCCCGGCGGCGACCCCGGCCGGGGCCCCGGCGCGGGGCUGGACCCGCAGCUGCUGCACACGCAGAUGCAGGAGGCCUUCGGCUCCCUGCGGCGCUGCUACGCCGACGCCGCCAGCCCCGAGGCCCACCCGCGCCAGGGCCUCUUCCAGAGCCUCUUCCUGCUCUACAACCUCGGCUCGGGCGAGGCCCUGCACCAGGUCCUGCUGCUGCCCCCCGGUCUGCGCUCCUGCCGAGCUCUGCGCCAGGCCCUGGCCGUGGAUGCCGCCUUCCGAGAGGGAAACGCGGCCCGCCUCUUCCGCCUGCUCCGUGCCCUGCCCUACCUGCCCAGCCGAGCUGCCCAGCGCCACGUGGGCCCAGCCCGCCGCAGGGCCCUGGCUGCCCUGGCACGGGCCCUGGGUACCCCUCGAGGCCAGACUUACCCGCUGGGCCGCCUGGCCCACCUCCUGGCCAUGGACAGCCUGGCAGAGACCAAAGCCCUGUGCCAGGCCCACGGGCUGGCCGUGGAGGGGGCCGAAGGUGAGGAGAGGGCCCUGUUUGUCCGAGGCCACUACAGGGAGAACGGGCCUCUCCCGGCCCUGUCCUGUGCCCUGCUGGUAGAGAGCAAGCUCAGGGGGCACACUCUGGAGCAGGUGGUGAUGGGGGAGGCUUCGGAGGAGGAGGCAAAGGAAGCCCUCCCCAGGACACCCACGUGAAGGGAAGGGGUGCCCAGGCCCCCCUCGACCUCAUCCCCACUUGCCAAAGACCUUUGGGGGGGUCUCCCCCUCCUGACUCCUUGCCAGUAAAGGUGGCUUUUUCCA